CAUUAAAAUUUAAUCAAAACUUCUCUAAUUUCCAAGAGUUAAAAUGAACUAUUUUGUACGAAAAAAAUAUAUUUCCAAUACAAGCAAACUUUCUCAAAAAAUAAUCCAACUUAAUAAAACUAUUCAUAAAUAUCCUUUUUUAUUAUUUGGUAUGCCUUUCAUAACAACAAUAUUAGGCGGUGCCUAUGUAUUAAGUAUAUCUCAGCAAUUUCGUUAUGACAGUAGAGAUCAAAAGAUAAAACAAAUUUCAGAAGAACAAGCUUUAGGCAUGAAAAAAAAUCGCCGAAAAAUAAAUAUUAAAGACGAAUACUAUAAACUUCAAAUGAACGAAAUGAUGUUAAAUGAUUGGGAACAAGUUAGAGUCGAAAGGUUUCCUGGGGAACCAGAUAAUAUAUUGUCAUCUCAAAAAUAAUAAAUUAUCUUGAUAUACUAUAAAUAACUCUAAUACAAAAAUUCAA